AUGGUGAGGCUGGCACCCGCAGGGCUGUUGCGUGGGGAGCAGAGAUGGGAUAAGGGAUGGGACGGGAUGGGAAGCUUUCCCCGGUGCCGGGGGCAGGUGCCGGCAGGAGGGACGGAGCAGAGCGUGAGGUGGGAGCCUGGCCCAGGCCCAAGAUGUCCCCUGAGAGCGUACGGCGGUAUCCAGGGGUGGUGAGGAGAAGGCGGCAAUUACGGGGCAGAUGCACGGUGAGGGAUGGUGCUGGGGUGGGAAGGGAGGGUGCAGAGGGUGGGAGGCAGGUGGAUGGAUGGCCCUGCCGAGAAGGACCGGGAAAGCAGUCCCCAUCUGCAGGAGGAGGGCCGUGGGCAUGGUGACUAAACUUCUUGUAAAAGGGGGUGGAGAAAGGAAAGGGAGGGACAAGAAGAAGGGAAAGAAAAAAACCUGCAUGUCAAGUCUGAGGAAAUGCUGUGGGAACUACAGCCAGGCGUCAUUUUUUUUUUUUUUUUUUUUUUCUCUCUUCUUCUUCUUCUCUCUUCUCCCCUCGUGUAGCUGAGAGGAAGGAAAGGAAGAAAGAGAAGUAGCUAGCUCAAAUGUGCCUCGCUCUGCUGCCGGGGCACGGGGGCUUGGCUGGAAAGAUCUAGUUUCUCUUCGGUGGCAGGAAAAGGAGCCACAGGAGGAGGCAGAGACGGACACCCAGACAUGCCCGUCCCGUCAGGCUGCUGGCUCCUUCUCCUGUGCCUCACUGCCGCUGGCAAACAGUUGUCACUACAGAUCACUCUGCCGUGUGAAAGCGAACAACACUAUGAAUACUCUGGACGGUGCUGCACAAAGUGUGAGCCAGGAAAGUAUAUGUCUGCUAGAUGCACUGGUACUUCUGAUAGCAUGUGUCAGCCAUGUGGCCCAAACGAGUAUAUGGAUGUCUGGAAUGAAGAAGAUAAAUGCUUACUACAUAAAAUAUGCGAUCAAGGGAAAGCUUUGAGAGAAGUGAACCCAGGGAACAGCACGUUCCAGCGGCAGUGUGCUUGUACGAUGGGCUACCACUGGAAUGAAGACUGCGACUGCUGUCAGCGAAAUACCAUAUGUGCUCCAGGAUUCGGAGUCGAGCAUCCUGUGGAACAAGACAAGGACACAAUGUGUAUACCAUGUGCCAGAGGCUACUUCUCAAAGGUUGCUUCAUCCACCGAAGAGUGUAAAUCCUGGACCAACUGUACAGCUCUAGGAAUGGCAGAAAUUGUGCCUGGGACUGACAAGUCAGAUGCAGUUUGUGUGGAACGGAAGCUGCCUGAGCCAUCGGAAGACGGAACAAACAGGAUCUUAUAUGUGUUGAUUGUCAUCUUGUUUUUUGUGGCAUUAAUUGGCAUUGUCAUCUUCAUCAUCUACUACAAGAAUAAGGGCAAAAAGCUGACAGCAGACCUACAGAACUGGGCUAACGAAGUGUGCAGCCAAAUAAAAGGAACAAAGGAGCCCCCCAGAGAUGCAUUUGUUACCAUGAACAACACGAAUGCUGCUGUCCUCCAGACCUCUGAAGGAAUGUGUCUCCUGGGCCCCACUGGCCCUCCUGCCCCUGGAAACUCAUGCUGCACCAGCGGCCAAGCUCCCUGCAGGAAUGGGAGCCCCACCACGGCGCCGUGCAAGGCGGGAGGGAGCCUCCAAAAUUUCUCUGUGGUAACUGAGACUGAUGAUGACCAUUUCCCACCAGUUCCCACGGAAGAUGAAUACACGGAUAAGGACCUCAAUACCGUUGAUUAUUUAUCUUUACUGAGUCGGACUGCCAGUAAAACCAUCUCAUCAUUUUCAGAACCAAUGGAGGCAGGGGAGAAUGACAGCUUAAAUCAGUACUUUUCAGGGAUUGGGAGCACAGAGGACAUAUCAGCCUCUCAAGGCACUCGCCCUUUCUCUGACAUAGAUGGGGCACACAUUGCCACGGACAAACUUCUUCAGAAAUCUUGCCAACAUGCCCACAGUUGCCUGAAGGAAACAGACAACAAAGACACAGAUGGUUUUACAACAAACUAUGACUCAGAGAAGAUCUGUGUGAGGUGUGGAAUUCUGUACAGGGAAUCUCCCAGAAAGUGGAGCAAACCUUGUGCUGCGGCUGACAGUGCCUCCACCUCCCCAGAAACUGGAUCCUAUGCACCGUGCACCUGUGGCUUGAAUUUCCUCUCUGCUGGUCAGAGCACUCUAACAAGUGACCAUGGUAUGGAAGAUGCAUCUUCAGAUAGUACCAACAUGAACUACCAGAACACAAACAGAAGCACUUCAGGGACAAACAACAGCAGCACUUCAGAUCUCCCUCCAGCAUCUGGAAAUGUGACUGGAAACAGUAACUCCACCUUUAUCUCAAGUGGACAAGUAAUGAAUUUCAAGGGCGACAUCAUUGUUGUCUACCUUAGUCAAAACUCCCAGGAGGGGCCCACGGCCUCGGGGCCGAGCGAGGAGAACGUGGGCAGCCCCGUGCAGGAGGAAAACCUCAGCCGCUGUGAGACUUUUGCCGGCAAUGCCCAGCACUACAAGGAGAAGUGUGCCGAGCUGCAGGGCGCCUGCCCGGCGGCGGGGAGCGGGGGGCUGCGGCGGCCCCCCGGGCCCCUGGCCCAGGAGCGGGGCCCGUCCUGCCGCGGCCAGGCCUUGCAGCCCGUGCAGGAGGAGGGGAAGCUGGGACACUUCUCGGAGAAGGUGUUGAACUGAGGCGAGCUGGUGUCCUUGCUGCGGGCCGGAGUGCUGGCGGGCCAAGGGGCGCGGGGCUGCCGCGGGGCUGCCGAAAUCCGGGGUGUCGCCACAGAUUCAGAGACGGUUGCUGCCCCCGGUGCCUCCUGGGGAAUUUUACAGCUGGAAAGGACCCUUAUGGCACACGUGCCGGUGGUGGUGGUGGUGGUGGUGGUGGUGCUCUGGCUGAGGAGGUUACCGGUGGGGAGAGGGGCGCGCGUGAAGCCAGGCGUGCGGCCUCCAUUGCAGAAGCAGCGACAGGGCUCCCUCCUCUCCCUCACAGGGCAGCGGGCUCCCUGCCUGCCCCCAGCUCCCUGGCACCUCUCCCCGGCAAGCAGUGAAGGAGAGUCGAGGAGAUCCUUCGGGCUGGGGACUUUGCGAGGUGGGGAGCAGCGCCGCUGGCUGGGUGCGUGAGGCACCCCCGGAGAGGGGAUGACAUGGCGGGGGACCGCGCUGAAAGGGGCCCCUGAGCUCCACCUUGGGGUUUUCUUUUGUCAGCUAAGCUGCACCCAUUUUGCUGGCGUUUGGGCCUCCUCGAUGCCUCUGGUGGUGGAAGUGGCGGCCACAGCUGCUGCUGAGCCUGCCGCCGCUGCUGACCUUCACCUUCCCAUGGGGAUCGGGCAGGUGGCAUCAGCCCUUCCCAUCUUUCCCCAAGGGAGCAGAGGCUCCAGUCUCAAACCAGCACCAGAGCCAAGAUCCUGGUCUCAUUAACUUGUGGGUAUGAAUAGGUAUAACGCUGCCCCAAGUGCACAACAACAGGCAAAGUAGCGCUGGUAUGCCUUACAAGCAUAUCCGACUAAUCCUGAGCAAAUAACGUUUAUAGUUUUGGACCCUGAUUCAUAUCUGUCUUAUUGCACCUCGCCAGAGGAAUUCAAACUCCUGAAGAUGAGAGUGAUGUGUGCCCAGCACACUGCUGCAUGAAUAAUGUCACUGAAGUUUUAAGACACAGAGCUGCUAGCAGGUGGAGGAAGGGUCUACAAUAACCAUCUGUGGACAUUUCCUGAGUGUCAGGAAAGGGAGGGAUUACCCAAAGAUGGAGAAUUUAGUCAGGGUCAAACAUACUUUCCUUCACCUGCCCAAACAAUUUUGUCAUUCCCUCUGAUAUUUUCAUUAGUAAGCAGAGCUUUACUUAGGCAGCAUGAAGCUAUUUCCAGACCUCACCCUGUCUGAGCUGAAAUCAGAGUGUAGCUGCUGUCACACUGAGAGCUGAUAAGCAACGGGACCAAGGGGUUGGAUUUAAACGGUAAUGGUAGCUUUAGUUAGAAGGGAGUUUCAGCUACUCAGUUGGCUUCGGUUCAGGUCCUGUGUCCUCCAGCCUCCUCCAGCAGUCACUGUGGAGAGAAAGGUGAAGGGAACAGAGUCUCGAGGAAAUCCCAAGAGGAAAAGAUAAUGUUUUUAAUGAUUGCCUGACAAGGGGUAAUUUUCUGACAUUGUCCUGCACAGGUGAGCGCUGCAGGAGCCUAUCUUCAGUCUGAGUCCUCAGGAGAGUCAGCACCGUGUUUCCUACCAGACAGCAAAGAGAUCUCUUAUCUAGUGGGAUCUCAUCUGCCUUAACAGAAAUGACCUCUGGUAGGGAGGGCACCUUCCCAGCAAGGUUUUAAAGCUGAGGGGUUCACUGCAUAGCUGUUCUGUUUCCAGUAGUACUGCUCAGUGGGUGAAGAGCACCUAUAAAGCUGACAAGGUGACCCCUGUGUCAUGAUGAGGUUCUCAUCCAUAGACCAAAAGGAUGGGCUUAGUGGCCUUCACCUCCCAGGAGAAUAAUUCUUCAUUAUUUAUAUAUCUGGGAUGUAAAGUUCAGUACAGAUGUGCAAGACUCACUCUUGUGUGGCUGGCAAAAAGGGCGCAUGAACAACCAGUCUCCCUUUCACCUCUGCAUGGCCUUUGGAGAACUAGACUCGGCCAGGCAGGUAGGUUGUCCUGUUCAGUGAUGGCCCAAGCUACCUCUGCCUCUCUGAAGGUGCGUAACUGGGGCUCUCUUAUCUGUGGUAUUCUUUUGUCUUUCCUGCUGGAUCCUUUAUAACCUCUUUCUAGCUUCUUCUGGACUAAUUCUGUAUUCCCUAGGCAUUGGUGCAAUAGGGACAAGGAAGCAGAGCCACCAUCACCUUCAUGCAAGGUAGUGCAGAUAUUUUCCCACUCCAUUUUUUCAGUCAUAUUUUCCUGGAAAGCACUCAUCCAGGACAUCAGCCCCACUGGAAAGCAUUCAGUUGGCCUCGCUUGCAGGGCAUGAUGGACUGAAUUGUUGUGCUCGGUCUGGGUAAACUACUUGUCUGCAGGUCUGUCUCCUCCUCCUCCUUCUGCAGCUUCUUUCUUCCCAUGGUUUGUACCCGUCACCACAGAGCAGGCUCAAAAUCCCAAUUUCAGAGAAGACAAUGGGAAGUUUACUACGUGUCCUCAGUGAGGACACGUUUUUUCACUUGCUGAAUUUCAGGAUCCUACUGAGCAAGGAUUGAAACUAGGAUCCUCAGCAAGCAUGAAGAAAUGAGUCAUAGUGAUCUCAUUGCUGUGGCCACGCCCUCAUGGGAAACAGUGCUCCAACAGAUCUGAUUCUUUUUGCCUCCUCCAGAGUCUACCCAAAAGUGAAGAAACUAUAUCACACUCAUUAGCAUGCUGUGUGUUCCCUGGGUCUCUGCCUGGCUGCUUAGACAUGGACCCCAAAGGGACUUCUUUAUCCUCACGAUUUCAUUUGUCGUCAGUUUGAAGCUGGAGCUGUUUUUUUAACAUCAGUUUGUACAAUGGGGCCCUAUGCAUUGGGCACUAAUUUGGAGGCUUCUGGCUGCUAUUGUUAUACACAUAAUUAAUGAUAAUAAAAAUCUUAAAAAUCUA